CGUUAUUGAGGACGUGUGUAUUAAAUUAAGUACGCCUUUCAUCGAGAAUAUUCAAUUAUCAGCCAUUAGCACACAAAGCAACGGCGACAUGUUGAAAAGAUAAGAGUGCACACUCUCCCACUCACGCACACACUGUCAGAGCCGGAGGGGCGGACGAGAGCGCGAACGUUUAAAAGUGUUUUGUGCGCCACUUGGAGCACAGUUCGCAUUCACGUUCAGUAAACGAACAACCGCAAGCGCUACGGAAGAUUAAACCUGUCAAGAAGGUACUGAAAAUCUGAGUAAUCCCAAUCAAAGCCCAUCAACAAAAUUGAAGCAGGCCUUCGCCUUCUAUGCCAGUGUGUGUAAAGGCUGCCAUUUCACAAAUUUGAAAAAAAAAAAGAUAGAGAGAAAGCAGUGCGGUGCGCCUAUUUAACAUUGUCGCUCAACAUUGUGUAGCCUCAUUCUCAUUUGUGCAUUUCGAACACAAGCAUUAUUGGAAACAACUAAACUCAAGUGAAAAUUUGUUCUGUGAUUUUGUGUAAAGACUCCCCCCCCGACGAUCAAAGAUGGUGAAAUUAAUCGCUAGCCUGAUGCUCCUGGCCGUGGUGGCCCAAGCCUACGGAGACUUCAAGUGCUCUCUUGAGGUGCCCGAGAUUCCGAAGGGAUGGAUUGACAUGAACCAGAAGUGCAUCAACAAGAUGCGCCACCAAAUCCAGGAGGAGAUUAACGCCUCGUACCAGUACCUGGCCAUGGGUGCCUACUUCGCCCGUGACACCGUCAACCGCCCCGGAUUCGCCGAGCACUUCUUCACCGCCGCCAAGGAGGAGCGCGAGCAUGGUUCCAAGCUCAUCGAGUACCUGUCCAUGCGUGGCCAGUUGACCGACAGCAUCACCAACCUGAUUACCGUGCCGACUGUUGCUAAACAGGAGUGGAACAAUGGUGCCGCUGCUCUGGAGGAAGCCCUCGAGCUGGAGACCAAGGUUACCCGCUCCAUCCGCGACGUGAUCAAGACCUGCGAGGGCAGCAAGGACAAUGACUACCACCUGGUGGACUAUCUGACCGGUGUCUAUCUGGAGGAGCAGCUCCAUGGACAGCGCGAUCUGGCUGGCAAGCUGACCACUCUCAAGAAGAUGCUCUCCACCCACGGCGAGCUGGGCGAGUUCCUGUUCGACAAGAACCUGUAAGCAGGCAAAGAUGAUGAAGCAGUCCAGCUACACCUCAAAAUUGUCAGCCAGUCGACAUCGUAUAGUGUUCUGUUAUCUGUUAUCCGCGAGCCUUCUCCCGAGGCUACCCGUCAUUAAACCAUUAUCACGCUGAAAAGUUCCUCUUUUCAAUUCUUUGACUGGCCAAUAAAUUAUCUGUACAACCCCAGCACACAGCAAAAUUGAA